ACAUCGAUUGUUCAUUGAGAGGCUCGACUACACCAUGCCGCCGCGUCUCAACCUUUUCACCGCACGGGCGGUUCCCGUUCUUCGCCAGGCUUGCCCGUCCUCCGCCAACAAUGCGGCUGCUUCCCGCCGCAGUUUUGCGACUAUCCUCAACGCCAACAGGCCCUGCGCCGCGUCGACCGGUCAUGGAUUGAGAUCCGGCCUGUCCGCUUCAAUGCGGGUGCAGAGGAGGUGCAACUCCUCGGGCUCUGAUGGAGAGGGUAGAGCCAAGGGCCCGACCGAGGACCCAUUGCCCCAUGUUAGCGAGGAGGCCGCGGAGGUCAGCAAGAUCAUGGAUAAGAAGUGCGACGGCACCCCUGCCAGUCCUGAAUUGGAGCAAGGAACCCCUGUGUCUGAGAUCCUUCAACGUGAUAAAGAAGCCCAGAAGCAUGCCCCCAAGGUUAUGCAAGACCAGAUGAACCGUCCGUCGGGUUCCCGUUCGUUCUCGACCUCCGCUCGUCGUCUGCAGCCAGUGGUUGAGGGAAAGCAGUUCGAUGAGGCCUCGGCGGCUGUGGUGGCCAACAUGAUCUCCGAGGUCAACUCACAGGCCGCCGAGCUGCACCCUGGCCUCAAGUUUGAAGCGCCCGCAAGCAUUCCCAGGACUGAGAAUUUCCGUAAAAGAUACGAGACGAUAGUGGAUCAAUUCACCAAACUGCUCAUGGAAGAUGGCAAGCUGACCAAAGCCCAGAGGAACAUGGCAUUUAUUCUGGAUUACCUACGCACUGCCCCUCCCCCUCAAUACAACCCUAAACGCCGUUUGCUCCCUGGCCCUCCGGGUCCCCAGCUCCCUCUCAACCCCGUCCUCUACCUUGGUUUGAUUGUCGAUUCCGUCGCUCCUUUGCUCAAGCUCCGCCAACAGAAGGGUAUUGUCGGUGGUGGUAUGUCUGUGCAGGUCCCUGCUCCUCUCGCCCUGAGACAGCGCCGGAGAACAGCGAUCAAGUGGAUCAUUGAUGCCUCGGAGAAGCGCAAGGAUAGCAUGUUUGCUCAGAGAGUUGCCCAUGAGCUGUUUGCUGUUGCAGAGGGUCGUAGUGGUGUGUGGGAUAAGAGAGAGCAGGUGCACAAGCUUGGUGUUGCCGGCCGUUCCAACCUUGCAUUGGUGGCGCGCCGGAAAGUUACACAUAAUUUUUCCGAGAUUGGGCUGCUAUUUAUACGAGACCACCGACGCCGUCCAGUGCGGCCGGAACCAAUGAGACCGUCGAUGACUAAAUGCGCUAGUCGCGGUUGGGCCCCCCAGGUCUGGCCGGCUGCAAGCAACUUGGUUAGCCUCACGGAUCAGCAUUGCCUGCCUCCUCUCGCGCCGCCGCUGUCUCUGCCCCGCUCUGCCCUGCCUUCCUUCCUGUCCGACAUCGUGUCGUCGAAUGCCGGUGGUCGAUCCUGGGCACGCAUCGCGUCUGCGAGGGGUGCCUUUACCGACGAUAACGACGUAACCCCGAGGGGCCAGACUAUCGAGCUCGUCGAAUAUCCUGACUCACUUGCCACACCCUCCCCCCCGUCUCACGCACCUGACCCUCGAACAACUGCACAUACCCAGCUGACUGACCGGCCGUCCGGAGCCCGUCCUCAACCUCGUACAGACCAGAGGGAAGGUGGUAGUCAGCCUACCCUGCGGAAGAAUCCGGUUCGGAUCAAAUAUUGGAUUGAAGCUCUUCGUCGUCACUCUCACCGCCACGAUACCAGUGGCUCUGACAAGAUGAAGUUCUCCCACAGUCUUCAGUUCAAUGCGGUGCCGGAUUGGAGCGCCUAUUAUCUUGCCUACAGCAACCUCAAGAAAUUGAUUUACUCUCUAGAACAAGAAGUACAUCGGUCGACGGGACAGGAACAUGUAGAUGUCGAGUCAGCCCCAUUGCUGGAUGGCGGCAAUUUGAACACGGAUGCAAUUUUCCGUCGGGCCCUAGAUGCAGAACUAGAGAAGAUUUGCUCCUUUUACCAAGCCAAGGAGGCGGAGAUAUUGACCGAGGUCGAGGACGUUGUCAAAGAUGCGGAGGAAUAUGCGCAUCGGGCCGACACGAUCAACGUUGACCCGAUGAGUGAGAACAUGAUCAAGGCUCGCACGACAAGUUCCCACUCCCGGCCGCGACCUGGAAGUAUCUUCCGUCAGGGUCAUGAACGGCGUCAUAGCACGUUCAGCGAAACACUAGCCGACGAUGAUGACGAUGCAGACAGUGAUGACGAACCCGCGUCGCUGUCGAAUCAGAACCGAUCACAGUCGCAUGGCGCCGAGUCGAGCAACCCAGAUGGGAGUCGUACGGACGACAUGAGGGAUUCUGGGCUCUGGGCCGCCGAUUCCAGACUCUUGGGCUACACCGGUCCGUCCGCCCACCGUGGGGGUGUACAGGACGAGCACUUUUCGGACCCAACCGUCGUGGACCUCUACAAUGCCGGUCUCUCGCUGAAGAAGCGGGCUGUUGCGGCCUAUGUGUCUGUCUGUGGACUCAAGUCCUAUAUCCAGCUCAACAAGACCGGCUUCUCCAAGGCACUGAAGAAGUAUGAUAAGAUUCUUGACCGCAAUCUUCGACGGGAGUACGUGAACUCAACCGUGUCAACGGCGUAUCCCUUCACCGACUCUACCUUGGGCCUGAUAGAUGACAACAUCAACAAAGUCGAAGAAGUUUACGCGAAUGUCGUCACCACGGGUAAUCUUCCUUUGGCGAAACGCGAACUCCGGCUGCACCUCAGAGAGCAUGUUGUCUGGGAGCGCAACACGGUCUGGAGAGAAAUGAUCGGCAUCGAAAGGAAGGCUCAAGCCGCGAACGUCGGUAUUCGCAGGACGCUCCUGGGAGGCGAUGAGGAUCCUUCGACCGCACGACGCCAAGGGGACGAGCAGGAAGCCAUGCCGAAGGUUCUCAGGACGCCUUUUGGCGCUAUCCAGAUCCCCCAGUGGCUCUGUAGCUUGAGCUUCGGCACCCUCAUCUUCAUCCUGCUGAUCUUCUGCAUUCUGCUUUCUGCCCCGAUCAUGGAGAAGCCGGAGCAGCAGAACUGCCUGGCUAUGCUUGUUUUUGUCAGUUUACUGUGGGCUACAGAGGUCAUCCCUCUCUUCGUCACAUCUCUACUCAUUCCUUUCCUCGUCGUAAUGCUUCGGAUCAUGCUGUCCGAAACCAAGCCUCACGAACGCUUGGGGGCCAAAGAAGCCACCAGUGCCGCUUUCAGCGCUAUGUGGACUCCAGUCAUCAUGCUACUACUCGGCGGCUUCACGAUCGCUGCGGCACUAUCGAAGUACGAUAUCGCUCGUCGAAUGGCAAUGUUCGUCCUGAGUAAAGCCGGCUCCAACCCCAACGUCUUGCUUCUCACGAACAUGUUUGUGAGCAUGUUCCUGAGUAUGUGGAUCAGCAACGUCGCAUCGCCGGUGCUCUGCUACUCGAUCAUCCAGCCUCUCUUGCGAAACCUGGCGCCGGACUCCAGCUUUGCCAAAUCCCUUGUUUUGGGCAUCGCCUUGGCCGCCAAUGUGGGCGGUGCUGCGUCGCCGAUUGCAUCUCCCCAGAACAUCAUCGCAUUGCAGAAUAUGUACCCGAGCAUCAGCUGGGGCACCUGGUUCUUCAUCUCCCUGCCGGUGUGCAUCCUCUCCAUCAUCUUCAUUUGGUUGCUUUUGGUGGUUACCUUCAAGCCCGGUCGGGAAACCGCCGUCGCUAUCCGCCCCUUGAAGGACAAGUUCACAGGCGUGCAGUGGUUCAUCAGCAUCGUCACGCUCUCCACCAUCGCACUAUGGUGUGGCAGUCACCAGCUCGAGCACAUCUUCGGCGACAUGGGCGUCAUCGCCAUCAUCCCCAUGGUCCUGUUCUUCGGCACGGGUAUCCUAAACAAAGAGGACUUCAACAACUUCCUCUGGACGAUCAUCAUCCUCGCAGCCGGCGGCCUCUGCCUCGGAAAGGCUGUCACCUCCUCAGGCCUCCUCCACACCCUCGCCAGCGGCAUCCGCAUGCGGGUCGAACACCUCAAUCUCUACGGCGUCCUACUCGUCUUCACCUCCUUGAUCCUCGUCGUCGCCACCUUCAUCUCCCACACCGUGGCAGCCCUCAUCAUGCUGCCCCUCGUGCGACAGGUCGGCCUCUCCAUGCCCGACCCCCAUCCGAACCUCCUCGUGAUGGCCAGCGCCUUGAUGUGUUCCGUCGCCAUGGCUCUGCCAACCAGUGGCUUUCCGAACAUGACGGCAAUCAUGACGGAAGUGCCCCAGACUGGCCAGCGGUACCUGCAGGUCCGCCACUUCUUCACCCGUGGUAUCCCUGCUAGUUUGAUGUCAUAUAUUGUGAUUGUGACGGUGGGUUAUGGGUUGAUGUAUAUUGCUGGAUUGUGA